AUGAAACUUGAUGAAUUAUACACGGAUAAGCAAUUGAUUUAUAAUAGUCCGAUAUCAGAUAUAUGCAAGGCCAAACCAAAAGAUGCUUCUUCUUCUUCGUCGUCAUCAGCUUCAAGUUAUGUGUGUUUAAAGAUUGUUGAUGUCGAUUUCAAGAUCCCACCUCAUUCAAUUAGACGUGAAAUUGCCGUCAUUAAAGCGUUACAAGAUCAUGAUGGGAUAGUAAAGUACAUUGGAGACUUCCAAAUCUUUGAAGAUGUGGUAUUGGUGAUGGACUACUAUCCAUUUAAUUUGAAUCAGUUGAUGAUGAGUCAAAAGUACUGUCGUAAACGGACUCGAUAUAAUCUUGACGGUGAUGGUGAUGAAGGGUCGAGUCAAUUGAGUUAUACAUUAUCCAAUACAAUUCCUCAAUCACAAGUGAAGCAAUUUUUGACUCGAUUGAUUUCAGCAAUCAGAUUUAUUCAUUCAAACAAUAUCAUUCAUCGUGAUUUGAAACCAAGUAAUAUAUUAUUCAUCAAUGAUGAUAUUACUCACCCUGUGGUGGCUGAUUUUGGCAUAUGUUAUAAUCUAUUGGAUCCACCUGAUGACGAACCAUUGAUGCAAAAGUACACUGAUGUAUGUACUGGGAUAUAUAAACUGCCUGAGUUAUUAUUGGGCAUCACUAAUUAUUCGUUUGAGGCUGAUAUUUGGUCAGCAGCGAUAAUUUUGACUAUUUUGUACUCGCCUAAUUUCAAAAGUAUAUUGAUACGUGAAGAUGGGGGAGGCGGUAGUGGCAGUGGCAGUGGCAGUGGUGGUGGCGAUGAUGACGGUGAAGAAAUGAAUAAUGAGUCGAGUAUAAGUGAUUUACAUUUGUUGAGUUGUAUUUUCAAAGUGUUUGGCACGCCAGUUUAUGAUAAAAGUGAAGCGGAGACUGACGAGGAUAAGCAGCAGUUGUAUUGGCCCGAAUUGGAUAAUGAUGAAUUGCAUUUUAAAAAGUUUAAUUUGAAAAGGUUCAAGAGAAUGAGUUUGGCCAAAAUUAUACCUCGUUGUGACGAUGAAGAGGUAAAACUGUUGUUUCAAAAUAUGACUCAAUAUGAUAGGAAGAAACGACUGCUUGAGUGA